AGAAUGAUUGAUUGAUUGAUUGAUUAUUGACUAUUUUUGGGCGUUUGGAUUGCGGAGGGAGAGAGUUGUAAGGCGCCAUUGCAGUUCGUCUUUGUUGAGAGAAAGUCACCACAUAUAGACUCUGAAUCUUUUCAGAGUUCUCGGAAUGCUACUGUUUGACUAUCCUUUAUUUUGUUAAGAGAGUUUAUGGUUAUACCUAAUACGCCAUUGUUACUGAGUGUGCAAGUCGUUCUCUUCCGCGUUUUCCUGAGUGCUUUUCGGGAAACUGAGAGAAUUUCUUAGUGGUUCAAUAUAUGCCAGCUCCUUACUGGACAGGGGGUGUUUGGCAAGCGGCGCCAAGUAUGUCGGGAAUAUAUGGAACGAACCAGUUGAUGUAUGAAGAUCAUAUGACUUAUGCCUCUUUGCCAAAUUGUUCUUGCGUUUCGGAAGAUUGUUGCUUCGAAGACGGGCAGCCUGCUGGAUUCUGUGGUAGGAAACACCUGUUCCAGAGCGAAGAAGCUUUAGUUACUUGCAUAUCCAACUACAUCAAUCAAAGAGUGACCUCCAAUAACCAGGAUGCUCAAUUGGAAAAGUUGUCAACUAUCUUCCACGCAAUUAGACCACCCUCCAUAUCGGUAUUGGAUUAUUUGUUGCGCAUGUUUAAAUAUGCCUUCUGUUCACGUUCUUGUUUUAUUAUUGCUAUCGUUUAUUUGGAAAGAGUGGCAGCAAAAGAACGUGCCUAUCAGCUGACUUGUUUAAACGUGCAUCGUUUGCUCAUCACUAGUUUGAUGCUUGCUGCCAAGUACUUGGACGACAUUUAUUAUAAUAAUGCAUAUUAUGCUAAAGUAGGUGGUGUGUCAUUGGGUGAAAUGAAUUUGUUGGAGCUGGAACUCUUAGAAGCUCUUAACUUCUCCUUGGCAGUGGACAAAAAGGAAUAUUUCCUUGUGGAGAAUCUGCUAAUUUCAGAAGCUUGGGCAUGUAACAGUGCUUCACACGUAUUAGUUGCCAAUAACUUUGUACCGUCCUCUCCUUCAUCAUCCUUUAGCAACUCUGGGGCUUUUUCUAGUUUCAGAUCAACAAAGAAUACAAGAUAUGAUUCAACAACUAACGCGAAAGGUACCUUUUAUUAUCCUUCAGAAUUCAUUUGGAGGCCAAUAUCCAAUCUUGUAGAGUACAACUUAAUUUAUAACGGAAGGUAUUAUAUUUCUCAAAAGCCUCCACCAGGCUUUGAAAGAGUUUAUCCCAAUAUGUAUUCAGGAAAUGUUGGUUAUCCUAUGCUUGAUGACAGGUCGAGUCGCCACGAAUUAUCUGCUUCUAUAGAAUGGGUUCCAAAUGGAGUUUCACCAGUAACACCCGAAUGUGUUCAAGUGGGUCCUCCACAGAUGUUUCAUCGACCCUGUGCAAGAAGAUUUUAAGAUCCGAUGUGGAAUGUUCGUUGGUAUCUUUUUAUCAUUGCAUGUGUAAUUUUUUGUUGUUAUCUGUUUGAAAAAGAAAACUAUUGGCUUUUUGUGAGAUUGGGUUUCCAUGUUAUCCAUUGUUCUUCUUUAGGCACCCAACAUUGUAUACCCCAUUCUUCCUGUACAACUCGUGCAAGAUAAUCCAUCUUUUCUCCUUCUCCAUGAACAAGCACGAUGC